AUGCCUCCUCAUAAUCCACACCCUCUCCCCUCCCUAACCCUAAUCGUGGCGACGACCCCCAUCCGCACCGCGUCGUCAACAACCAAGGACGAAACAACGCGCCUAGGCAUCGGCCUGAAGGGUACACUCCCAUGGCCACGCAUCAAGACCGACAUGUCAUUUUUCGCACGCGUGACAUCCCGCCCACCAACACCGGGGACGACGAAUGCGAUCAUCAUGGGCCGGAAGACAUAUGACUCGGUACCUGCUUCGCUACGUCCGCUCGCGAAGCGGAUCAAUGUUGUGAUCUCGCGAGAUACGACCGGGUCUGUUAGUGAGGGCGUGAUUGCCGAGUUGGGGAAGCGGAGGGAGAAGAUUGCGGCCAAGGCUGCUGAAGCACGUGCGCAAGAAGCUACGAGUGCGGAGAAGGAGGCUCUUGAGCCUCGACAGGAAGCUGUUCCGUCUCCGGCAGAGCCAAUGACGGAUGCAAUUGUUACACCGAGUCUGGCGGCGGCAUUGGAGCAGCUGGACUCGGUGUAUGCGGCUGAUGGGAGGCUAGGGAAGAUUUAUGUUAUCGGUGGUGCGGAGAUCUAUAAUGCUACGUUGAAGAUGUCUGCUGCGGAGCUGCGGGGUCGACCUGUCAGGGUUGUUAUGACGAAUGUUGUCCGGAAGGGGACUGCUGAUUCGUCUGCUUCGUUUGACUGUGAUACUUUCUUCCCGUUGGAUGGGCUUGAUAAGGGGAAUGGGUGGAGGGCUGCUAGCUCUGAGGAGGUUUCGGAGUGGGUUGGGGAGGAAGUUGAUGGGGAGUGGAAGGUGGAUGGGGAUGUUGAGGUCCAGAUGGUUGGGUAUGAGAAGUUGAUAUAG